CACUUACACACGUUGCGACUAUCGCGAACUUGGGCAUUUGAGCUGAUUUAGCGGGCGGACCUGCACUCUUCCCCGUGAAAAGAUGCUUGAACACGCCGGAGGACCUCUGAACGUAUCUGAAGAAUUUAAUUGUUGCAGCGUUUCCGGGCUUACCGGGCGCGCACACCGGUAACACCACCACUACCAUCCACAUCGUCCCGUUCUCUGUCUAACUGGAGAAAUGCCGUUCUUACCUUCAAUUGCAGAGCUUUUACUAGGACGCCACCAUAAAUACGUUUCGUGCCAUUGGACGUCCUACAGGCACCGAUGUAGUGCUCCUGGCGGACCAUAAACCUCAAGAUAUAAGAGGCGCUAUUGGAAACCAGCUGAACUAUCCUGAAACGCCGACCCUUAUGUUUCGUCUGGCUGUCUUUCUCAGCCUUCUCAUUCUUCAAGUUACAUGCUACAGUCCUGCGGUCACGAUUUCCAAUGGUACCGUGCACGGUCUCUCCAUCCCGAGCAUGGGACAAGAAGCUUUUCUUAACAUACCCUACGCCCAGUCCGUCGCCGAUGAAAACCGUCUCAUGGUCUCUAAACCUCUGAACACGUCUUGGGAAGCCCCUCUAAAUGCGACUUCAUGGGGCAAGGCGUGUCCAGGAGGGACUAAUGCGCAAUUCUUUGGUGUCGAAGAAGACUGCCUGCGAAUCAACAUCAUCCGACCGGAAGGUGUAUCUGAUGGGACUGAACUGCCUGUCCUCUUGUGGAUAUACGGCGGAAACUGGUAUGUAGGAUCUGCAACGGAUCCCCGCUUCAACGGAAGUUAUAUUGUACAGCGUUCUGUUGAGCUUGGAAAGCCUAUUAUCUUUGUGUCCGUCAAUUAUCGUCUAUCUGUUUUCGGGUUCCCCCUAGGAGAAGAGUCUGCAGAUGCCAGUAUACUCAACCUGGGUAUUCGAGAUCAACGACUGGCUCUACAAUGGCUACAAGAUAAUAUAUCUGCUUUUGGCGGAUCACCUAAGAAAGUUACUAUUUGGGGAGAGUCUGUCGGUGGAAUCAGCGCCACUAUACAUAUGGCCGCUUAUGGCGGUAAAAACGAAGGUCUAUUUCGGGGAGCCAUAGUGGAUUCAGGUGUUUUUGCCAUAAGGAACGCGUCACUUUCUUCCCAAGACGGUCUUUGGAACUCUCUGCUGAAAACCGCCGGCUGUAAUAACUCAUCCGACAAAAUUUCAUGCCUUCGCUCCGUGCCAUUUGAUGAUCUGUAUGCUGCCACCUUGAACGUAACCUACUGGCCACUCGAGGUCCCGGAUGGUGAUUUCAUCCAGGAGCUUCCGUACAAGGCACUGCAGGAUGGAAAUUUCUUCAGCGUUCCAGUGAUAGCCGGCAAUAAUAAAGACGAAGCGACGUUUGGCUUCAACCCUCCACUUGGUGUGAACGACGAGGAUACACUCAGGCAAGGCAUAACCCAUGGCUUCUCGGACUUGAAUCCCAGCAAUGCCACCAUCGACAAAAUACUAGCACUUUAUCCUAAUAUCCCAUCGGAAGGAUGUCCUUACGAUACAGGGGAAGGUGUAUUAUCUUCUGGUAUCAUGGACAAGAGGUCCUACGCCAUCUGGACUGAUAGCGUUGUUGCUGGAACGCGACAUCUACUUUCCCGAAACUCUUUGAGAUCGCCUACCUGGAGUUACAGGUUCCACCAGAUUCCUCAAAAUGGGACCAUGGAGGCUGGUGUGGGUCAUUUUCAGGAACUUCCAUAUAUAUAUGGUGUUUUGGAACGAACACAACGAACGCCACUUGGUAACCGACCGGGAGACUUAGAAACUUCUAAAAUGAUGCAGACCUACUGGAUUAAUUUUGUUCAUGAUCUCGAUCCGAAUGACGAUAAUGCAUCGAUUUUCUGGCCAACAUAUGACGUUAGGAAUCCGCAGAACCUUGUAUUCGUUAAUCACCAAACUCAAGUGAUUCCUGAUACAUAUCGUACAGAGACAGUCGGAUUUCUCCAGGACAUUGCGAGUGGUAGAGUCAAACAUUAGCUCCGAAACAACUAUACUAUACGUGUAUAUUAUUAUGAUUACUUGGGUCUUUUUUGGUGAUGCUUUCGAAAUCUCAAUUUAAUUUCAAGAGA